AGUAUCUACACCUCCUACUUGUAGGUGUUCUUCUUGUUCUGUUACCUGAAAGAAGAAGAAACUUAACAGGAGUGUGGCAUUUACUGCUUUUAUAUUAUCGCAAUCUGUUAAAAUAAAACCCUGCUUCUAUUGUAAAAAAAAGGGAUCCCAGUGUUUAGCUUCCGAGGUCGACUUAAGUUACUGCUUGAAGUAUGUUGAGGAUUAUAAAUCUUAUUAUAAGGCGUUUCUUACACCUUAACAAUUAUUACGUAUUUUCCGUCGGCGCGACUAGCUUAACAGUGAGGUUGAAGCCGUCGAAGAGGAAAUUGCGAAUCUUAUGGCUAAAGUUUCUGAAAAGGCAGCGCGUGCGGUAUCCUGGGGUAUUGACAAUUUAGCGGAGCUGGAGCAGUUGGAGCAGAAGGAGCAGGGUUUUUCCGAGGUCGUCUCCGCUUCUUUAGAAUCAGUAGAUUAUUUAGGGAUAUUAUCGAUGGAUCCUGAGCUAGCACGAUCUCUAGGCUUUGAUGGAGUUUUUCCACCAGCGCCAUUGAGUUCUUAAGAUACUCAAUAGGUUCCUAUGUUUCUUCUUUUUCUUCCCCUUUUUCCUAUUAUACCCUAUAGCGUCGUUUGCCGUCUUC